AACACACAAAGCAACGAUGAAGACGAGGGCAGCAGAGAUGAUGCUCUGCUCGGAACCUCUAAUCAUGGGAGGAGCUUCAGCAACCAUGGAGGUGCGGAACCGACCCGAUCCGCCGAUGAAGAUCAGACCUCAGAUGACGAAGAUCAGACCUCAGAUGACGAAGAUCAGACCACAGAUGAUGAAGAUCAGACCACAGAUGAUGAAGAUCAGACCUCAGAUGAUGAAGAUCAGACCUCAGAUGAUGAAGAUCAGACCACAGAUGAGGAAGAUCAGACCACAGAUGAUGAAGAUCAGACCUCAGAUGAUGAAGAUCAGACCACAGAUGAUGAAGAUCAGACCACAGAUGAUGAAGAUCAGACCUCAGAUGAUGAAGAUCAGACCUCAGAUGAUGAAGAUCAGACCUCAGAUGAUGAAGAUCAGACCACAGAUGAUGAAGAUCAGACCUCAGAUGAUGAAGAUCAGACCUCAGAUGAUGAAGAUCAGACCACAGAUGAUGAAGAUCAGACCUCAAAUGAUGAAGAUCAGACCACAGAUGAUGAAGAUCAGACCACAGAUGAUGAAGAUCAGACCUCAGAUGAUGAAGAUCAGACCUCAGAUGAUGAAGAUCAGACCUCAAAUGAUGAAGACCAGACCUCAGAUGAUGAAGAUCAGACCUCAAAUGAUGAAGAUCAGACCACAGAUGAUGAAGAUCAGACCUCAGAUGAUGAAGAUCAGACCUCAGAUGAUGAAGAUCAGACCUCAAAUGAUGAAGACCAGCAUGAAUGUCCUCACAUCACGUGACUCCGCAGGCCCCUGGGGGAGCAGCGGGGUCUGGGUCGGGUUCUCUGGGGGGGGGGUGUCACGGCUGCGACACCGGCAGGCCCGCCGUUACGUAACGACGCCGCCCCGUCACCUCUGACCGCAGCGGGUCCGGUGGUCUCCGCGGACCGACCCGCCUCCGAUCGGGACGCAACGAGAGCAGCUGAAGGCCCGCAGGCCCCGCGGCUGCGGCCGCGCACAUGCACGCGCGCAGGGCU